UUUUCCCCUCAGACGGAGAUGGAGAGGGCAUGCAAGCAGAGUUAAUUUCUAAGAUGAAGGCUUUCUUUGCAGGAAAAGCAGGUCUGGGGAUGGCUUUUUAAAGCUGCUCUGAGGGACCGGGGCUUUCUUCUCCUGGGUCUGCCCGUGGCUGCGUCCCUCUUUCUCUGACCCUUGCUGGCUUGCUCACGAGCCCGGCCUCUCUGAGAGCCUUAAUGGACUGAGUCUAACAGAGAAAACAUUGAGGGGGACCUGGUAUCAAGACGAGAGAAACUUUACGCGCAUUUCUGGAAGAGGAGAGCACAGAUAUAUUUGCAGCUGUGGGACCCGGCGCGGUGUGCCCAGGGAACAUGCUGGCUCCUUAAGGAGAAGACUUCCCUGGCGCGGGGAACUCGGAGUCGGUACCUCAUCUACGACCAGCCCCCCAGCCCGCCCAAGCCCCGGAGGAGAGAUGGUCAUAAAAUGAGUUCCGGUGUGAGCUGCUGAGUCAGAGGUGGACACACGGAGACAAGGCCAGUAACUGUGGGACCUCAAGACUUCUCCUGGGUGGACACGGCAAGAUGAGUUUAGAAAGUGAGGAUAAGCGAGCUCGUACGCGAUCCAAGACCCUCCGAGUGCCCCCAGAGCCCGCAGGUGCUGACCUCAGCUGCCCCACCCCAGGAUGCACUGGCUCGGGACACAUCCGGGGCAAGUACUCCAGGCACCGGAGCUCGCAGAGCUGCCCUCUGGCCAAGAAGAGGAAGCUGGAGGGUGUCGAGGCCGAGCACCUGGUGUCCAAGCGGAAGUCACACCCCCUGAAGCUGGCUCUGGACGAGGGCUGUGGUGUGGACAGCGAUGGCAGCGAGGAUGCCGAGGUGAAGGACGCCUCUGUUUCGGGUGAAUCGGAAGGAACUGUGGAGGAGGCCGAGGCCGAGAUGUCAGGACAGGAGGAGAUUCAUCGCCCUGGGCCAGCUGAAGGAAGGAGCCCCGGCAAGUCGCAUUUCAGAUCCAGCCCCAUCGGCGGCUCCACGGGCUCCUCCAAGGGCGGCUACAGCAGCUAUCAGGAAAUCAUUGCAACUUCUCUCCUGAACUUGGGCCAAAUCACGGAAGACACCCUGGUUGGGGAGGACUUGGGCCAGGUGGCCAAGCCAGGCCCCAGUGUCGUGCGCCUGGUUCAGGAGGAGGCUGAGGAAGGGGCCACCAGCGAUGAGGGGGGAAAGGGCAUCUUUCUCCAGCCAGAGGAUGCAGAGGAAGUCAUCGAGGUCACCGGUGAGCACUCGCAGGAGCCGUGUCCUCAGUCCCUGGAGGGUGUGGCCAGCGAGGAGUCCAGAGAGCAGAAGGUUGCCCUGGGUAAUGAGGAGGAAGAGGACGAGGACGAGGACGAGGACGAGGAGGAGGACGAGGACGAGGACGAGGAGGACGAGGAAGAGGCUGCUCCCAGUGUGAUCUGCCCGGAGGAUGCCCCUGCCACCCCCUCCAGGAAGGCCCCCGAGCCUCGGCACCCUGCACCUCUCAGCCCCAAGCCCGAGCACCCCGUCCUUGUGGAGGUACACCCUGACGAUGGUAAGGACGAGGACUCGCGCUCCCAGAAGUCUGAGGUCACGGAUGAGUCGGAGAUGUACGACAUGAUGACCCGAGGGAAUCUGGGUCUCCUGGAGCAGGCCAUUGCCCUGAAGGCUGAGCAGGUGCAAGCCGUCCGUGAGCCGGGUUGCCCACCCUCUGAGCAGGGGCAGCUGGGCCCCAGUGAGCCAGGGAAGGCGGCAAGGUCCCUGGAUGCCACACGGAAAAACUACUGCAGCAAAGAUCCCUCGAGGGCCGAGAAGCGGGAGAUCAAGUGUCCGACACCAGGCUGUGAUGGCACUGGCCACGUUACCGGGUUGUACCCUCACCACCGAAGCCUGUCUGGCUGCCCCCACAAGGACAGGAUUCCCCCAGAGAUCCUGGCCAUGCAUGAGAGUGUGCUGAAGUGCCCAACUCCUGGGUGUACAGGCCAGGGCCAUGUGAACAGCAACCGCAACACUCACAGAAGUUUGUCCGGGUGUCCCAUCGCUGCUGCUGAAAAAUUAGCCAAAUCUCAUGAAAAGCAACAGACACAGACGGGAGAUCCUUCCAAGAAUAGUUCCAGUUCAGAUCGAAUCCUCAGGCCCAUGUGCUUUGUGAAGCAGCUUGAGGUCCCUCCGUACGGAAGCUACCGGCCGAGUGUGGCCCCCACCACACCCAGGGCCAACUUGGCCAAGGAGCUGGAGAAGUUCUCCAAGGUCACCUUUGACUACGCAAGUUUUGAUGCUCAGGUUUUUGGCAAACGAAUGCUUGCCCCAAAGAUUCAGACCAGCGAAACCUCACCUAAAGCCUUUAAAUGCUUCGACUACACGCACGAUGCCGAGGCUGCACACAUGGCCGCCACUGCUAUCCUGAACCUCUCCACACGAUGCUGGGAAAUGCCUGAAAACCUCAGCACGAAGCCACAGGAGCUACCCAGCAAGGCUGUGGACAUUGAGGUGGAUGAAAAUGGGACCCUGGACCUGAGCAUGCACAGACACCGCAAGCGGGAUGGCACUUUCCCCAGAACCAGCCCGGGAGUGAGGUCUCCCGAGGCCUCCCAGCGCCAGGGCAGCACAAGUGCCACCAGCAGCUCCAUGACCGCGUCCCAGUCGGGCCCAGCCUCCCGCCAGGAUGAGUGGGACCGGCCUCUGGACUACACCAAGCCCAGCCGCCAGCGAGAGGAGGAGCCCGAGGAGUCAGAGCCAGCAGCCCAUUCUUUUGCUUCUUCUGAAGCAGAUGACCAGGAAGUGCCGGAAGAGAGUGUCGAGGAGCGGAAGUACCCUGGGGAAGUCACCCUGACCAACUUCAAGCUGAAGUUCCUCUCCAAGGACAUAAAGAAGGAGCUGCUCACCUGUCCUACCCCUGGCUGUGACGGCAGUGGGCACAUCACUGGGAACUAUGCCUCCCACCGCAGCCUCUCUGGUUGCCCUCUUGCUGACAAGAGCCUCAGAAACCUCAUGGCUGCCCAUUCUGCUGACCUCAAGUGCCCCACACCUGGCUGUGAUGGCUCUGGCCACAUAACGGGGAACUACGCAUCGCACCGGAGCUUGUCCGGCUGCCCUCGUGCCAAGAAAAGUGGAGCGAAGGUGGCACCCACAAAGGAUGACAAGGAGGACCCUGAGCUGAUGAAGUGUCCAGUUCCAGGCUGUGUGGGGCUUGGUCACAUCAGUGGCAAGUAUGCCUCUCACAGAAGUGCAUCUGGCUGCCCUCUGGCCGCCCGGAGGCAGAAGGAAGGUCCCCUGAAUGGCUCGCCAUUCUCCUGGAAAUCACUGAAGAACGAGGGGCCCACCUGCCCCACUCCAGGCUGUGAUGGCUCUGGCCAUGCCAACGGGAGCUUCCUCACUCACCGGAGCUUGUCUGGAUGUCCCAGAGCAACCUUUGCUGGAAAAAAAGGAAAACUCUCAGGGGAUGAGGUUCUUAGCACAAAAUUCAAGACGAGUGAUGUGCUGGAAAAUGACGAGGACAUAAAGCAGCUGAACCGGGAGAUCCGCGACCUGAACGAGUCCAACUCAGAGAUGGAGGCUGCCGUGGCACAGCUGCAGUCCCAGAUCUCCUCCAUGGAGAAGAGCCUGAAGCACAUUGAGGAGGAGAACAAGCUCAUUGAGGAGCAGAACGAAGCCCUGUUUCUGGAGCUGUCGGGCCUGAGUCAGGCCCUCAUCCAAAGUCUUGCCAACAUCCGCCUUCCACACAUGGAGCCAAUAUGUGAACAGAACUUCGACGCCUACGUGAGCACUCUCACCGACAUGUACUCCAACCAGGAGUGCUACCAGAACCCCGAGAAUAAGGACCUCCUGGACAGCAUCAAGCAGGCUGUGAGGGGCAUCCAGGUCUAGGCCUUGCCAUUCAAGGAGCCAUCUUGCUUAUCUGGGGUGCCCAGGACCUCCUGAAUUUGGCUUCAUUGUUUACCUAGCCCUGCCCUCCCAGUGGAGAUUUCCAACUCACAGUGACUUCUAGUUGGCAGUGUGGGGUGGCCCUGGGUGGGUUUAUCCAAAGGGGUGCCUGGAAAUAAGUGUCUCCCUUGAUGCUCUUGCCAGGUGCGAGGCCUUGACCUCCCCAGGUGAGUGCAGGGCUGGGCGUGAAGUAUUACAAAGUGAUCUAUUUUUUUUCUGAAAGAAAUCUGAAGAGCAGCUCAAAGUCUCCAAUGGAAGCUCAUGGACAAGGUUCUCAGGGAAGUUUUGGAGUUUGCAACCACAGUAUUCCUUUAUCUGUCAAGGCUGGGAGGGUGACUGUGGGCAUGGGGCAGGUGGUGCGUGUGAUGGUGUCAGCCUGGAGCUUGCUCCCUGGGGCAUGCGUCUGCUUGGUGAGGCCAAUGUAGCAAGUAUGUUUUCUGUUUCAUUUAUUCAGUUUUGUGUUAAGGAUGGAACAAAGCACUGUUCCAGAGGGUAAGUUAGGAAUAGGCUUGCAGCCCCUGUCAGCUCAAGAAAUCUAACCUGGGAGGCUCCGGAAAGUUGACCGUUGGUUCAACAUUAAAGCGCCUCAUGCUGGGAGUGGCUGGCGUCCCAAGCCUGCAGCAGUCACCUGAGGGUUGGGGUCAUGCUCCCUCUUGGGACUGUGGCUUUUAGACCCAGGUCUGGGCCAGGGCCAGGGUCUCUGGCUUUCUGUAUGUCCACCCAGGCCUGUGACCCAUCACUGCCACAUUAACUGGGUCGCAGCUGAGCUUGACCGAGGUGGGUCCACACCAGUGAGGUAGGCAGAUAAAUUCCUGAUUGGAGACCACCAAGGUCUCACUUAUUUUUAGAUACAUCAAGAUUCAAAAAAAGGCAAAUUUUAAUAUGAUGUGUUAAAAACACAAAGUUUCUAACAUGUAAAUAGAGUCCAAUGGAUUGUGACUGCAAUUCCAAGUUAGUAUUUAAAAGUAGAGAAAUUGCACUUCCUGGAAGAAAUAAAAAAGUAGUUAGUUUCAUUACUCUGUAAAUUAUUUAAUUUUGUCAAGAUGUAAGUAUUUAUAUUCACAACCUCUUAUGUUAACGUUGCUAUUUAUUUAACAUUUUUAUUUAUUAAUUUCAUGUAUUUCAACUGCACCCUACACCAGGAUACCACGAGAGGAAGAUAGACGAAAUCAAAGGAAAAUGAACUCUCCAACCAUGAGUCAGGCCACACACGAAAGAGUCUCGCUUUUACUUCUAGUUAUAAUUCUGAUGCAACCAAGUUAUUUUUUAUAUAUUUUGUUAUUUAUUAUUUUAAUAAUGGAUUUUAAAAAAAGUGUUUUGUAACAGGAAUUUUGAUAAUUUGGGAUGUUUUUCCCUUGGUCCAGUGGAAAGAAAGACUUUUGGUUUUCUUUAGCCCUCUGGGUUCCUCUUGUUUCAGGCACGGACGACAGCAAAUGGAGUUCUGUAUUUAUUACUAUGUACGCGCAGCGCAGAUGUGUGUGCUCUGGCGUGCUUCUCGUGUCGCGUCUGUGUGCUGGUGUCCGGGGGCCGAGUCACGCUGCUGUGCAGGAGUGCUGGCCACAGACAGCACCGAGCAGUCCCCGCCCACAGGCUCCCGGUCCUCUGGCAGCUCCGAUACUGUGACCCUCCUUCCUCAGGAAACGCAUUGAACCCACAGCACAGCACUUCUCAGUGUGUUUGCAGGGUGAUUUCCUAAUAAAAGUCCACUCUGACUGUGAGUGGU